UUGGGUCUACGCCCCAGCGAACGCUUCAGCGGCAUUGUUUCCCGCGACUUUAAACCUCCAACCACCACACACUACCUAUACGUACACCACAUAUACAAUCCAAAUAUACCCAUUUCUCUCUCUCUCUCUCUGACCCACAAAUUAUUUCAUUCAUUUUCUCUCUCUAGGGUUCGAGUUUCCAUUUCCUCCUUCAAUUUCAGUUGAUUGUGCUAUUCUUGCUAAUUCUGAUUCAUUGGUAUUCGUUUUCUAUUGAUUUGGGUUUUUGGGUUUGCUAUAGUUUUCCGAGUUCUUUCAUUCUGCGUUGGUGUGUGUAAAGAAAAUUGGAAGAGAAAGUGGUAGACAGAGAGAGAAGGACGAAGGGGGAUAACAUUGGAGUGGUGGUGUUGUGAUCAGGUCUUCCUAAGAAGAUCUGAGUCUGUUUCUUCUUCUUCUUCUUUCUAAACAAGAAAUGAGUGCUUCCAGGUUCAUAAAGUGCGUCACGGUCGGUGACGGUGCCGUUGGCAAGACCUGUCUUCUCAUUUCUUACACCAGCAACACUUUCCCCACCGACUACGUGCCGACUGUAUUCGACAAUUUCAGUGCAAAUGUGGUUGUCAAUGGGAGUACUGUCAACCUUGGAUUGUGGGAUACUGCUGGACAGGAGGAUUACAAUAGAUUAAGACCCUUAAGUUAUCGUGGGGCGGAUGUUUUCAUCCUAGCAUUCUCUCUCAUUAGCAAGGCUAGCUAUGAAAAUGUUUCUAAAAAGUGGAUUCCUGAGUUGAAGCAUUACGCUCCUGGUGUCCCUAUAGUUCUUGUUGGAACAAAACUUGAUCUUCGGGAUGAUAAACAAUUCUUUAUAGACCAUCCUGGCGCCGUGCCAAUUACAACUGCUCAGGGCGAGGAGCUAAGGAAGCUGAUUGGUGCACCUGCUUACAUUGAGUGUAGCUCAAAAACACAGCUGAAUGUAAAGGCUGUUUUUGACGCUGCCAUCAAAGUUGUGCUCCAGCCACCCAAGACAAAGAAAAAGAAGGGAAAGGGGCAGAAGGCCUGCUCCAUAUUGUGAACAAGCAGCGGUCUGAAGAGCAACCUCCAUCCAAUUCUCACCAUUUUUCUUCCCUAUAUAUCCUUUUCUCUUCCAUUUGUCUUGCACGAAGCAAGAGGUCCUGGUAUGUGUAGUACUGGAGAUCUCCUAAAACUGUGAGGUGGAAAUUUUAUUGUGUAUUCUUGUGCUCUCCAUUUGUAGAGUUACACUGUGUUUGUACCCACCUCAUUCCCAAUAGACCGGAAGAUUCCAGUUAUGAGAACAAGUUUGCGUUAUAGUGAUGUGUUUUUAUUCAUUACUUUGUAUCUCAAUUUAAAGAUUUGGAAAUGUUGUUUGUGCUA